AUGGACUGGAGGGAGUACGGAGGGGUGGAUGGGGAGCAGGGGAGACGGGGAGAGGGAAGCACAGGGGGGCAGGGGGACUGUCAAGGGAGAGGGGGCACGGCUUGUAUGGCAGCUGCUGUGCCCCCUCUCCUCUUCCCUGCUGCUGUGCCCCCUCUCCUCUUCCCUGCUGCUGUGCCCCCUCUCCUCUUCCCUGCUACUGUGCCCCCUCUCCUCUUCCCUGCUGCUGUGCCCCCUCUCCUCUUCCCUGCUGCUGUGCCCCCUCUCCUCUUCCCUGCUGCUGCGCCCCCUCUCCUCUUCCCUGCUGCUGUGCCCCCUCUCCUCUUCCCUACUGCAGCACCAACAUCCACGGCUAUAGCAGUGCCGGCUGUAGUAGCGCUCGUAAGAGACAAUAGGCAAGAGGGGUGGCAGUGUACGUGCACUGGGGACUGUAGUAGCUGUAGCAGCUACAGCUGCAGCUGCAGCUGA